UAAUGCUCUUUGCCUUCAACAUCCCACGAGCCUCACCUCACCUCACCUCAACUCAAUCUUUGCAUUUCUUGCUUCUUCCUUUCUUUUAUCCUUAUCUCUCUGCAACUCCACUUUCAAUUAUUUCCAAUCUCUUCCAUAUACUUGUGUUUCUUCACUAUAAAUCCUUUCUUCAAAACCCAGAAUUCUACCGUUUCAUCAACACAAUCGUUUCUUGUAAAAUAUACUUGAACAAGUUAAAGAUUCAAGUAAAUAUGGCCCUUGAAACUUGGCUUAUAAAGGUUAAAACUGCAAUAUCUCAUCGCCUGGAUUCAGUAGUAACCUCUGCGCCUAUACCAAAAGCAUCAAAGAAAUCGACCGUUGGAGUUUUAGCUUUUGAGAUCGCAGGUCUUAUGUCUAAGCUCUUCCAUCUAUGGCAAUCUUUGUCUGACAAGAACAUAAUUCGGUUGCGAAAUGAAUCCAUCUCUCUUGAAGGAGUUCGGAAGAUUGUGUCCAACGACGAGUCGUUCCUUCUUGCCCUUGCAUGUGCAGAAAUCGCUGAGAAUCUAAGGCUGGUUGCUAAAUCGGUCUCAAGAUUGAGCAAACGAUGUGAUGAUGCUAAUCUGCGUCGUUUUGAACGUCUUUUCGAUGACUUCGCGAAUUCUGGUCAUGAUCCUAAUUCUUGGGUCUUGAAUUGCAAAGAAAUGGAAGCCAAGAACAAGAAGAUGGAUAGGUACGUGACAAUCACAGCGACGCUAUACAAAGAAAUGGAGGAGUUAUCCAUAUUGGAGAGUGGAUUAAAGAAAGCCUUGCAGUAUAGCGAACAUGAGUCCACAACGAAAGAGCAAAAGAUUAUGGAUCUUCAACAGAAAAUAUUUUGGCAAAGACAAGAGGUGAAGUAUCUAAAAGAGAGAUCUCUUUGGAAUCGAAGCUUCGACGGUGUCGUUUCAAUGCUUGUAAGGUCUAUCUUCACUGUUUUAGCAAGGAUCAAGCUAGUUUUUGGAAUAGGACAUGGAUAUCCAACUUCUCUACCACGUAGUCUGUCAGCUUCUGCAACUGUCCAUCCAACUGAAAACCCUAAUACUUGUAGCUUUGUGUCAGGGCCACUAAAAGGCUCAGAACUUGAAGAAAAUAAAGAUUUGAGUGAUGGGUUUUUCGAGUCGAACUCGAAACUACUAAAGCCACCAGAGACUACACUUGGCGCUGCGGCUUUAGCUCUACAUUAUGCAAAUUUGAUUAUAGUUAUGGAGAAAAUGAUAAAAUCGCCUCAACUAGUCGGUGUCGAUGCAAGAGAUGAUCUUUACUCCAUGUUACCAAAUAGUAUAAGAUCUUCUCUAAGGGCAAGAUUGAAAGGUGUAGGAUUCUCAGCCAGCGAUCCAGUUCUCGCCGGAGAAUGGAGAGAUGCUUUAGGUAGGAUAUUGGGAUGGCUAUCGCCUAUAGCACAUAAUAUGAUAAAAUGGCAAAGUGAAAGGAGCUUUGAGCAGCAAAAUUUGUUGCCCAAAACAAAUGUUUUACUAUUGCAAACGUUAUUCUUUGCAAAUCAAGAGAAAACUGAAGCUGCCAUUACAGAACUUUUAGUGGGUUUGAAUUACAUUUGGAGGUUUGAAAGAGAGAUGACUGCUAAGGCCUUGUUUGAAUGCGCCAACUUUAAUGGACUCCUGAAUUCGCAGAGUUCCAGCUAGGAAUUAUAGCAGUUAUAGAUAUAUGGUUUCUCUUUUUUUCCUCAUUUCCCAACCUUUCGGGUUUUAAUUUUUGUUUUUCCAAAAGUUUAUCAUGUUUGAUCUAAGAUUGAACUGAGUUUAAUCCAGAUCUUUUGAGGGUUAAAUUUGUUUUCCUUCUGACCCUGAUCUGUACAUGUCAAUAUAGGAGUGUAAGUAAAUGAUAUGAUUUGAUCAGUAAACUUUAAUUUCAGUUUCAAAGUUUGAAACUUUCGAUCACA